AUGGUUUUUGAGGAUAUGAAUGAGUUUAGAGAUGCUGUUACAAAAUAUGCACUUCAAAGAGGUGUUAAGUUAGAGAAGUAUAUUAAUGAGUCUAAAAAGGUUAGGGUUAGAUGUAGGGAAGGGUGUCCUGGACUGUUAUAUGCAAGUAUUAAUAAGUCUACCAACGAUUUUCAAAUUAAAACCUACAAUCCUAAGCAUAGGUGUAUCAAAACCACUAGAAAUUCCAUGUGUAAUGCAAAAUUCCUGCAUAAGCAUUUCAAAGAUAGAAUCGGUGAGCAGUCAAACAUGAAAAUAUUUCAGUUCCAACAGUUGAUUAGAAAAGAAUUGGGUAUACAUGUUGGAAAAAGUAUUACCAGGAGAGCUAGAGGUAAAAUACUUCAAGAUUUAAUGGGUAAUUUUGUGAAAGUGUUUGGAAGAAUAUUUGACUAUAGGGAUGAAAUAUUGAGGUCCAAUCUGGGUUCCACUUGUGUUGUGAAAGUUGAUGAUUCUGAUGAUAGUGGUAAGCUUGUUUUUCAAAGUUUCUACAUUUGUUUUGAUGCAUGCAAAAAAGCUUUUUUGGAUGGUUGUAGAAGAUGUAUUGGUUUAGAUGGAUGUUUCCUGAAGGGAGUAACCAAAGGACGGUUGUUGGUUGCUGUGGCUAAAGAUGAAAAUAAUCAAAUGUUGCCUAUUGCUUGGGCUGUAGUACAGUAUGAGAAUAAGACCACUUGGACAUGGUUUGUGAAAUUGUUGAUAGAGGAUUUGGGAUUAACAGAUGGCGGAGAUUACACAAUCAUUUCAGAUAUGCAAAAG